AUGCUUCGAUCGAGGAUUGGCCUCGUGCAGAAAGUCGCCAAUGUGCGACCAGUCUGCUUGCAUUGUGGCAGUCAAGGGCGUCUACCAUGGCGGCCCCUACCUGCUGGAAAGACGGCGGGCUUUGUCAAACGCCCGCUAUCAACCACGCGAUCAUUGAGAGCAAUUCCAACAGAUACACUGGAGCCUGUCGACACUAAUGAGACUGUCACUGAGCAAACGGCCGAAGAAGCCUCCAAGUCCAACACUUCUGGUAUUUCGCAAGCCGAACUCGAAACCUAUCGUGAUAUCCGAGAAUACCUCCAUAAAUGGCUCGAGACCAACCCGCUCGUCCUCGAUCCGAUCCAAGACGCCGGCAAUAAAAUGAGCGCUGAAGCAAUCGAAACUUCCAUUGGAACAAUGCUCAACGGCCGAGACCAUGCUGAUUCGCUCUGGACCAGCUCGAAUCUCAGACAAGAAGAGGACUUUGAUACAUCCGAGGAAUCAGAGGGUCAGCACCUUGAACCGGGAGAUUUGGUGGCUCGUCUGUACGCGGAUGGUGUCUUUGGUCUUGCGAUCUAUGUCCGGUCCGUCAAUAAGCAGAAACAGUUCUAUACUGCGAGAGGAAAUUGGAGGAUCUGCAGUAAUCGUGAAAUUGACUUUGUUAUGAAGGGGUUUGCGCCGCCGGAGCUGCUUGAGCCAAUCAUUCCUUACUUCCCAGAUGAAAUUUCUCAGCCCAAGUCGGAGCUGCAGAUUGUUCCUGAGGGUGGACUGCCGCGGCCGCUUGGUGCGCCGCUGAUUACGAUGAUGAACAAUUUCAGUGAGCAUAUGGCCGAUUUUUAUCGCGACCAUUCAAGAUUUCUGGAUAAUGCUUACGAAUUGGUGGCGGACGAGGCGGAAUUCCUUCGUUUGAGUAUCGACGAGUUGACAAUGAAGCUUUUGGGUAUUGAGGAGUCGGAGCUGAAUGCGAUGAAUCUCUUUGCGGUGCAUCAAGCUGUGCGACGAUUUCCCUUCAAGAUGGAAAGGGAUAUCCCCUCUUAUUUCAGCCGGACAUAUCUGAUCCAGCCGAAGAGAAUUUCCAAAGUCGUCGAUCAGGUGUCGGCCUGGGUCCGCGACCACCAGGAGAUGUGCAUCCGCAGUGUCAUGGGAAAGCCGACCGUGGGCGCAAAAGAUCAUCCAAUGUACACCUUUAUCCAAAAGGCGCAGCGGAUGAUCCGCCUCAGUCGAAAGGUUCGCUCGCCGACUAUCAUGUCUAGUGUCGGACCUUCCUCUCAGCAAUUCAAACCGGCAGAGGAUGGCAAGUCGAUGAUAUAUCGCGAAGUUUUGACUGAAAGGUUCACUGCAACUGAUCAGACAAUCCUCGAGUUCAUGCAGUACUAUGUCAUUCCAUCGGUGAUCAUGCCGUCAGGGACGUUGAGAUCGGCCGCCUCGCAUAUCAUGCGCGCGACGGGCAUGUACAACACUCUCGGACUGAGUGAAGCAUCUACUCGUCUUUUCCUGCAGGAAUUGGGAGUGAUCUCUCCGUGGGAGAAUUUGGGUGUCUUGGACCAGAGUCUGUUAUUGCCCGGUCAUGGGAUGUCCCUUCUCGAGGACAUGAAGUGGGAAGAAAUCGAAGAGUCCUGUCAGGAUCUCUCCCUCACAGAUUCGAUGCAACACCUUCGAAAAGACUGGGGUGACCUCCCGGUCUACUGUGUAGAUGAUGUGACAGCACAAGAAAUCGAUGAUGGUGUCUCGGUGGAACGAAUCCCUAACUCAGACGAUACCUUCUGGGUGCGCAUUCACGUCGCCAACCCGACAGCCUUCUUGGAUCCCGAUCAUCCAAUUAUCGAAUAUGCCUCAUCGCGCGUCGCUACCACAUACGUCCCGGAACGAACAUAUCCCAUCCUGCCCUCGGCCCUGACACAAGGCCAUUUCAGCCUGUCGGCCGGACGACCGACAUUGACAUUCAGCGCCAAGAUGAACCUCCAGGGCGAGAUUCUAGACACGGAAGUCGUCAACGGGACCGUCCACAACGUCAUCAGCAUCACGCACCGUACCGUGCGCGAAUUCCUAAACCCAAAUGCAGAGAAAUCCUCUAAAGCUCUCAUUGUCGGCGACUCCUCCUCCAUCACCCCUCCUCCCUCCGACGCAACCUUCCGCAACACCCUCACUCCCGAAGACAAGGAAUCCUUCACAAUCCUCCGUAAGCUAAUGCAAGGAUUCCGCACACAGCGCCAGAAAAACGGCGCAAUGGACCUACCCCAAUCUCGUCCAAACCCCUCCGUCUCUCUCCAAUUCGGCACUCAACCAGUCAAGCCCUAUGAGAUGCAAGUAACGGAAGGACGGUAUUUCGUCGGCGACCCCAUCAUCAGCCUCGGCAUGCAGGACUCCAACCCCCAUGAAGUCCGCGACGAAUCAAAAAACUACCUUAUCUCCCUCCUCAUGAACCUGGCUGGCCAUAUUGCCGGCCGCUUCUGCGCGGACAGAGGCAUUCCUACCGUCUUCGAUGGGACUUGGUAUGACCCCGAAUACACGCGCGUCACGAACGAGAAUAUCGCCCAGUUCGGUGGGCAGGCGUUUUAUCAUUCUGCUCUGCCGAAGGCUCUUUCCAUGUCUGCUCCUGUUCAGCAUCAUAUUCUGGGUUUGGACGCCUAUGUCAAGUGUACGAGUCCACUUCGACGCUUCACCGAUGUCAUCGCACAUUAUCAGAUUGAAGCGGCUUUGCGCUUUGAGGCUGAAAACGGGAGAAAAUUCGCCGCGACUGAUAUCCCGACUGAAUUGUCUGAACUUGAACCCGACGAGACACAGGCACAGAUCCCGGUCGUAGGCGACAUUGCCACGUCCAAGAUUCUGGAAGAAAAUCCAGAACCCGACGAGACACCCACACAGACAGAAACACAAAAACAAGUCCCAGUCGAAGACGACAUCGCUCCAUCCGAAAUCCUAGAAGAAAACCCAGUACCGAACCCACCCUCCCCACUCCCAUACACCCAAUUCGAAAUAAACGACUACAUAGUCCACGCCCAACAAAUAACCACACGCCUGCGCGAGAUCUCGACCUUCGCAAACCAGCACUGGGCAUGCAUGCUGCUCUUCCGCGCAUUCUACUUCGGCGAAUGUGAGCUGCCGUCUUCCUUCCCUGUCUUGCUGCGCACGAAGAAACUAGCCCUCACGCCCGGAGAGAAUGUCACGAAAUAUUCUGCUGUUAUUACGAAUCUUGGCGUGAGCUGUACGCUUACGGUUCCUGAGGAUUGUCCUGGGAAGGAGCACAUGGAUGUUUUUGGGGUUGUUGAGGCAAGGCUUACGGCUGUUGAUAUGGCGACGUUGGAGGUUUCGAUGGAGGCGAAGAGGUUUGUUAGGGCUUUUGAGAGGACGGGUGAGUGGGCUUGA